ACGAGGUGAGGUCAGUUGCCGGCAAAUGCCGGCCGACCUUGUCGUUGAAUUCGACCUCGAGGUCACCGUCCUCGACGCCCUCGACGAACACGCGUUCCCUCCGCCAUGAGCACCUUGGGGGAGCCCCCUCAACCACGCGAAAUCAAGGAACUCGUUAUAUCUCUGAACGACCUUUUGGACAAGCUGCAUAUACCCAUCUUCGUGGAAACGCCACUAGACCUAACACCUGCGUUGCUUCUAGGAAUCUUGGAAUGUAUUCUACGUGCACGAUUACCCAUUGCACCAAGUAUACGAAGAUCUCGAGAUCUUGUGUCGAAAGUGCAAGCGAUGAAGAUCUUUCUCGGAGUAUUGGAACAUGAUGUUAUUGGAGAGGAUGUCGGACUUUCCGAUGUUGACCCGAGGAAGUUGGCUGUGGGUGAAUGGGAUGAAGUCGUGUUUGUCGGCGAGUUACUUUGUUGGCUUGGAAAGAAGAACGGUAUCUUGCCCCUGGGAGAUGUUCAUGAUAUUGUUGAAGAAGUGGAACGUGAACCUGAGAAUAUUGUCGAAGUGGCUCAUAACCCAGAACCUGCGAAGUUGCGUCCUCGCAUUGCACCACUGUCUACUCAUUCUACUGGAACGAUUCGUGAUAGCAGUGCGGAUAAUACUACAUUGUCUUUCCUUCCCUCAGCAAACCCGGAAUCCGACACCACCAUGCAAAGUCACACUCAUACCUAUACUCAUCCACGAACUCACUCCCCGCCACUCUCGGACUUGGACAUAUUCAACACCACCAUUCGAGACUAUCAAACUAGUCCUGUCCCUUCGUCUUCGCGUCAUAGAUUGGAAUCAGAAUGGACCAGUGAUGAGGGAGAGCCGGAGCCUCAAGAACCCGAAGAGUAUGAGGCGUUCGAAGAGCUCUCGUUCAAUCCAGUUGGUCAUUCGACAUUCCAAGAACCGAUAGAAUCGGAAAAUGAAUAUGAUGAUAGAACAUCAACGACCUCUAGAAUGAAUCGUGACUAUCCGCCUCCCGAUACGGCGCAUAGAACACCGAAGACACGAAUACCAAUUCGGUAUGACGGUUACCUCAAUGAAGUCGAUGAAGAAGAGGAGAUUCGAUCCUUCGAAGCCAGUCGAGACUAUACCCAGCGUAUGGCGGACCUGACAAUUUCCAGUCCAUCCCCCUUUAGCAGAUCGAGUCGUCAAGACAAAGUAGAGAGUGCACGUUAUCCUAGUGGACUAUCCCGAACUUCGACUCCUCGUCGACCCUCAAGUUCGAAUACCACGCCGACAGGACACAGUUCGGUGCCCAGGAUAGUGACCAGACAUAAUUCACCUUCGCAGCAUGCUCUUGCGUUGAUGAGCGAACGAGCGAGGUUAAAAGAGGAGUUGGCACAAAUUAAAGCAAGGAGGAGUUGACGACAAGUUUCUCGACACUAAGAGGAUGGGUGGGGUCAUCAUUUGAGCGUGUCUUGGAUAGCAUGACCUUAAUGAUUGUUUAGCGUUGGAAGGAUUGAUUCUUGGACAUCUUCAAAAUAUCUUCUGGAAUCUUCGGGCUCUGGUCUUCGUUCUGUUCUGUUGGCUUUCGCAUGUCUUGCUUUCGUCUUUUGCUGAUUGGCCUGGACUAUUCUGGUAUUUGGUCGCUUCGUUAUUCCUUUUACUGCGUUGAUACCACAAGGCCGCCGUUCAUAUGACAAUUCGAAACCGACUCGUCACCCGCAAGACCAUCAGCAAUCUCCGAGCGUAUGAGCUGACUCAUGAGGCAUCUGCAAUUCUCCGAGUCCGACGAGCAAGCUCGAGUUUUGCAAUACAAAUGGCCGAGGACCUGGCCCGCAUGGAGGAUACAAGCCGAGUGAGAAACGUCUGGUGCAGUGGGAAGUGUGGAGGAGCAAGAAUAAGAUGGACGGUGGAAGGGUACAUAAUCGACAAUUGACCAGUAAUUUGGCGAG